UUUUCCUCCAUAGUCAUACACUUUCUAAACAGUCUCCUGUUGACAUAUAUCUAUUGACAUAAUAACACAGUACUUACUAUUCCUUCAUCAAUACCCCUAUUGGGGAGUUGCAGAAUUCGUCAUUGUCCCUUGUGUGGAAGUGUCUUCCUUAUAUUUCAAUCUCCGCUGAGUUACAGAGCGGACACGAUCCACUCUAAUGGCGCCCCACUUUUCUGCAACAAAAAAAACUAAAUGAUGACGUACAAUUAAAAAUUGGUUACUGAAUUUUCAGCAAAGAAAUAUAGAAAAGGGGGGGAUCGAGAAAAAAAAGGAAACAUAAAAAGGCGGUCAACGAACAAAAAAGAAGUUCCGACAAACAGACAAAGGCAGCAGGCCCUUACCUUUAUAUAAAAUUGUUAUUUAUUUUCUUCCCCGCACUAAUACCAAUAGAACAAGCCUAACCCCCCAACUCUCUUUUUUGAAAGAAAACUUAAUCUCUCAUUUCAACCAUGUUGGCAGCCACUACUCGUAAAGUUCUUAUCAGCACAGCUUCUAAAGCAACCUAUGCUACCGCCGCUGCCGCCAAUGCUGUUAAGGUCGCUACAACUUCGAAUGGCCUGAAAAUCGCUUCAAGCGAGGAGUCUGGACCUACUGCUUCUUUAGCUGUUGUCAUCAACGGUGGCGCUAGAGCACAAAACGGAAGCAAUGCCGGCGUCGCUCACUAUUUAAAAAAUUAUGGUUUCAAGAAUAAUGCCAAUCGUACUGCUUUCCGUGUCACUCGUGAAGCAGAACUUGCUGGUGGCGUUUUAUCUUCCGCUCUCUCUCGUGAAGCACUUGUAUAUUCUGCAGAAUUUUUGAAGGAAGAUAUUGAUCUCUUUGCCGAACUUUUAAGCGAUGUUGUGUCAGUACAAAAAUUCCAAGAGCAUGAAUUCCUUGACGUCAAACACCAGACCGUCAGCGAAUCUGUCACCGCCUCUCACAACUCUGAAAUCAGUGCUAUUGAAGCUGCUCAUCAUGUGGCUUUCCGUCAGGGUCUUGGUCACUCAGUCUUUGCCAAACCAACGGCUCGUAUCAGCAAUGCCACUGUCAAAGCUUUUGCUCAAGAACUCUUCACACAAAACAACAUUGCCCUUGUUGGCACCAAUGUCGAUCAGGCUACACUUGAAAAGUUGGCCGAAACUCACUUCAGCAAAGUCCCCUCUUCUGGCAGCAAACUCCAAUUCGCCUCCUCCAAAUAUUUUGGUGGAGAAGCUCGCAUUGAAUCGGGCGCUCAGAACGGCGAAUUCGUGAUUGCUUUUGAAGGUGCUGCUGCUGACUCAAAGGAAUAUGCUGCCCUUCAAAUUCUUCAUUAUGCUCUUGGCGGCCAAUCCAUUGUCAAAUAUGGUCCAGUUACUGGCCUUCUGGGUCAAGCCGCCACAAAAUUGGCGGGAGGUUCUCAACUAAAAUCUUUCAACUACGGAUAUUCCGAUGCCGGUUUGUUUGGUGUUCAAGUCUCUGCUCCUGUUGCUGAAUCCAACCAUGCUAUUUCUGCCGCUGCCGAACAAUUAAAAUCAAUCGCUAAGGGUCUUUCUUCAGAAGAUUUCAAUAGAGGUGUUGCUUUGGCCAAGUUUGCUGCUGCUGCACGCUUCGAUACUCGUCUUGAUCGUCUUGAAGCCUAUGGUGCUCAGGCCCUUCAAACUGGUAAGCUUACAACUGCCACAGAAGCCAUUUCUCAUCUUGAAGGUGUUUCCACUUCUGAUGUUGCAAAGGUAAAUCUAAUAGUGAACUGAAAUAUAUAUAUAUAUAUAUCUGUGUGUGUGUGUGCGUGUGUGUAAAAACGUGUAAACUUUGGGAAUCAUCCUUGAACUAAAC